AUGGCUGAGAGUCAAGGGCUCGUCCUGUCCACGCCAGAGCUGCUCGAAUAUAUUCUCCUUCAUCUUGAUAUCCAAUCCCUGCUGACCUCAGCCCAGCGAGUUUGUCGCUCCUGGACCAGGUUGAUUCAAUUUUCCCCAAGGCUACAGCAGGCCCUGUUCUUUAAGCCGACCCCACCAGAGAAGUGCCACAAAAAGCUGCAUUCCUUCCCCCCUGCUUGGGAUCCAUCCGGUGUGAGAGAAUGCACCUACCUGUUGCCGUCUGGGCCGGAGGUGAGUGAGAGGCGCCAGAAACUUUUCCGCCGCGAAGCAAGUUGGCGCUGGAUGUUGGUGCAGCAGCCCCCUGCGUCUCUUGCCUAUGUGCAAGCUACUCAUCCUCGCGGGGAUUGGAUCUUCAAGCACUAUUAUCUCCCAUGCGACGCCGCUCCUACGACUCACUGGGUUAAUGAUCAGGCUCAGAUGAAUCUGAUAGGGCUGCGGAUGAAUAUGCUCUACGACCUAGUCUUUGAGAGCUUUUUAGGAGGCCUACGCCGGCACUGGAUUUGCUGGGAGGGCCAUAUGCCUCCACAGUUUGGCCCGCUGGUUUAUAUAGAGGAGUUCAUGCCGUUGGUUGAACAGGCGAUACAGGAAGCCGAUGUGGUGGUCAUUGAGCAUUGGCGAACAAUCCGGGCCGCGACUAUGCCAUUUACCUGCUCCUAUUUUGCAGACGGCGGACCAGAAGCUGAACAGGAUCAUCCGGUCGGCUCUCGCACUGGACUCACACCAAAUCUGCCUAUCGAGACACUGAACAGGGCUGCCUCGGACGUCAGUCGUGCCUCUGACGGUCGAUCCAAUAUCCUUUGCGAGAUUGUGGGGUUGAGUCUAAGUCGAAAGGGUGUCUGGUCUUGCUUGCUUGGAGCUGCGGGAGGAGAAGUUCAUACCCAGGGAACAGAGCAGCGACAAAGAGAGCGACGACGAGGAAUGAUAUACAAAGUCACUUAUCUUAGAGUUCUUCUCGCCAUCGGAUGGUCGAUCACAGUCUUGGAUGAAGAGACUGUCGGUCCAGUCAGCACAGAGCCACUCCUGGUCCUUAUCAAGCGAGCACGAGUGGAUCCCAACAAUACACAGGUCGAUUUGUGCAUCAAUGGCCCUCGGAACUGGCCAGGACUGGCAAAGACUGGCACGGACAGCGUCAUGACAUGGCUAUUACUAUUUGUACCGGAGCCAGAUUACGCCCAUGGCCAGCUAAUUCCAAAAAUUACUGACAAGUAUCAACCUUCCUGGGCUCCUUUACAAUUGGCGAGGACACCGCCCCAAGUAGUGAGCCUGGCCUCGCAUUGUCGGAAAGACCGAGCCGAGUUUAAGAGUACCAGAGGUCCAGAGCCCGGUCACUAUGACAGCAACAACCUACACCAUUCUUGUGGAUCUACUUCCUCUAAGGAUGGCAGCGAGACUCGAAUGUUUUAUACCGAGGCCAUCGAAUGCCUGAUCGACUAA